AUGGCAGAUGCGGCAAACAAUGGUGGUAUCCCCAAAGGAAUGAGGAUUUUAGUGCGAUUCUGGGGCGCUGUGUCGGGAUUAUGUGAGUGUUGUUCUCUGACCAUUUUUGAUCAUUUCAACUUUGUUUUCAAUCCAAAAAUCAGAAUUCGUUAUUCUUACUAGAGUUCUCACUAGAGUUCCUGCUUUCCCCCGCUUUUUAUGAUUUAAUGAUCUGGAUAUUAGGAUAAAACUGGAACUAACUGAUUUUUGUCUCACAAACUACGGGUCCGUAAUAUUUUUGACACCCGGAAAGCCGGUAUUUGUCAAUGAAUACCCGACAGAAAUCUGAAGGAUCUCCCUUGUAAACAGUCUGACAUUAUGUUCGCUUUAAAUAUUUUACACCGUUGCCCUUUCUUCCUUUUAGGAAAUUGACGUUCUUGUUCGAAUUUUACCUAGUAUGAAAAGUAAAACUAGGAGCUUGUUUCAAGUUUUUCGCCUCGUCGCAAAAGGGCAAAAUAAAAGCUCAUCUAUUGAAUUUAGGAUGUUGGGUACUUACGAGUUUUAAAUUUUGAAUAAAACACUAAAUGUUUAAACAAAUUUAUUUGGAAAAAAGAUUUUAAAAUGCUAGUUCAGUUCUACCUUGGCCUUGUACAAAGUGAACAAAUAGCUUCAUUUGGGGUUUUUCAUCAUAUCCUGCAGACCAGUUUCCGCUUUAUUUACUUCUGAUAACUUGAGCCAUGUUUGCCAAGCAUGUAACAAGUCAAAACAAACCAAGCAUUGCAGACCAAAGUCUUGAAUCUAUUUAAGUAGCAAGAUAUUUUUUAACCUUUUUCACAUUAAACUAAAUGUGUCAAUAAACCACUUCAUAUGUUGCUUCUUUGGGGUCCUAUCAAAGCCCCUCUGAAAAUAAACUGUGGGGUACUUCCUUAUGAGAGGCUAAUAGGAUGUGCUGCUGUAUGGGGUCUCAUUUUCCCGACUGGACUGACUAAGAUGGGGUCUAUAAUUGGCCACAGAAUAGACUAUAAUGGGGUAGGGGCACCGAGAGGUCAGUGGCACAUACCCAGCAAAAAUUAACCAAAGUACCCCCCCCCCCUCCGGAAUUGUGCCAUGCCAGCCUUUUGUAUAUAAAUGUUUAAGAAAUGGAAAUGGUAUACUUUGCUUUGUUUUGUUUUAUGAUAUUAUGUUCUGCUCUGUAAUUUACAAAUAUCUUUCCUUUUUCUCUUGACUUCUCUAUAAUGCAAUUUGCAUGAUUAAAUAUUCACUGUACAGUGAAAAAACGUUUUUUCCUCAUCAUCAAUAACUCAGACCUUUUUCUAUUUCCCUAGAAUGUUAGAGUUAUCAGUAGUCAAGUGAAUUCCAUUUGAGCAAGGGUGGGGCAGUGGUAAGAGCACUUGCAUCCCACCAUGGUGGCCCGGGCUCAAAUCCUGGCAUUGACAUCAUAUGUGGGUUAAGUUUGUUGUUGGUUCUCAACUUUGGUCCAAGAGGUUUAUUUUCAGGUGGCCUAGUUUUCACGUCUUAAAAACCGCCAUUUUCAAAUUUCAGUUGGACCAGGAAUGGUAGACGAAGAAUCACUACAUUGAUGUGCUUCUUCUAAAUCGUUAUUGUUUAUUUAUAUAUUUACUUAUUAUAAUAUUAUUAUUUCAUUGAAAAAACAGACAACAAGUCUUGUGCUUGUAAUAACUUGUAUAUAUAUUAUCUGUUUUGUUAUUAAUUUCUCAGGUUCUGCUGCUCUUGGCUUCUUCGUUCUUUUCACACUAUCAGCAACAUGUUUAGGAAUGGGAAUAUAUAUGAUGUAAGUCUUAUUUCGAGGGCCAAGGCAUGUAAUUUGUAAAUCUUGUGGUGGCCUUUUGGGCAAUUGUUAGGACUAAGUUUCUGGUAUAUAGGAGAGAAAUAAUGUCAGGCUAAUAUACCUUGUGUCGUAGAACAUGUGGCCUAUGCAAUUUAGUUAAACUCAGCAACAGAAAUGAGCAGGGGGGGAGGUCCUUGAGAGGCCGGUGGAGCCACGAAUUGCAGCUGAGUGCAAUGCGUAAUCUUGACAACCUUAAGAGUGGCAUCCACCCAGGUGCCGUCACACUGAGCACUAACCAGUGGAACCUAACAUACUUACCAUAUACAUACCAUAGGGGAGGGAUUGGUAGGGAGUGAGAAAACACUCUGCAAGUACAAGCCACAACAGGCAAUGACACUCAAACUUAAUGAGCUGAACUCAAGAGAAUGCUUGUAAAAAGACCCACAAGCCCUUACAAUGCAAUAUCAUGAUGAGAGAAACAGCUGGUCAGCACUAUCUUGAGUUUAACUUUGCCUAAAUUUCAUGUAGCCACAUAAAAUCACCUAAGUACAUAAAGUCUCAUCUAAGGUAGUGUUUGGUUGGGAUCAACAGUUACUAAUGGUCGGUAUUUUUGGUUGGAUCUGUUUUCUUGUGUUUUAUUUGGAGAAAAUCUUCCUGGUAGGUAAGGACUUUGUCUGUAUUGUAAUGCAUUGAUUUUUUCAUUUAAAUAAUGUUCUUUUUGUUAAGUGUUUGGUAUUUUCUCAUGUAUGUUUCUUUAGCUUGUGUGCCGUCACGCCACUGAACGUUAUAUAAAAAAUCAUUUUUCUGUUUCGUGAUUAUUUCCGCUUGAGACGUAGGUUAGUCAUUUUAGAGAUAGUAUCUGUCAGAAAUGCUUAUUAUUGGUCAAUCUGUUACACUGGGAUUUCCUUUACAAAGUAUAAUAGUCAUUGUCUUAUUUACUCGCCAGUUUUUUCACAUCAGUCCAGCCUAUGUUCAAGUUCUUUCCUUUUUUACCUUAUAUAAAGUAAUUUCAACUUUGCUGGUUAUGCUUCCCUAUCUCGGCCAAGACCAAAUAUCGGUUGAGGUAGCGGAACAGCUUGUACUCAUCAUAGUUGUAGUCCAUUUUACAGCAUUAAUUUUUUUAGUCAAAAAAAUAAAAUUAAUGUAUUUUAUUACUAUUGUAGUUCAAAUUUUUUCUUUUGUUUAAAAUUGUUCAAACUAGUUUCUUUUUUAUUUCCAUUUUCUUUUGUCUCAUUUGUUUGAGAUAAUGAUAUAAUAUUAUUACGGACCUAAAAAUGACCAGGAACAUUUUUGAUGUUUUAGAUUAAUGGGUGCACUAGUUCUUGGCUUUGAGGCUCCUGUGUGUUGUCAAUAUGUACCAGCUCUAGUAACCAUGAGCAACUGGAUUGAUACCCACUUUAGAUUCUGGAUGAGAGGAACCUUGUAUUUCCUGUAAGUUCUAGUCACUGUUAGAAGAUGUCAGUAAUCCUGCAGUCUGUACAGGGCUCAAAAUAAUGGCCAGUCAACCAACAUUGUUUGACCAAGAUAGCUAAUUAUGCAGAUCAUUAAGGUUUUCUUGUCAUUUUCACCUGACAUGUGCACUGUGCAUUGAUUGAAAAUAAGUGACCAGAUGAAAUUAUAUUUUUACAUAAUCAUGUACAUGUAUCAAGAAAACAAGCAACUUUUCUUCCUUUCACUUCAGGAAACAUAUAUUUCCAUCAGUUUUCAAAAGUGUACAACGGAGGCAAAAUUGGAUUGGCAGUUUUCAUUAGAGUAUUUUCCGCCUACUCGAUAACACUCAGGUCUAAAGACAUUAAAUUUUUAUAAAAGCCUGACAAGUUUAGGCCUUUACUGCCUGAAUAUCCCCCUGAAUCUUAAAAAACAUUUCAAUAAUAUUGGGGUGGGUGUAGAUGCAGGACUUAGUGAUUUAAAGUUUUAAUAGACCUCUUUAGCUUGUUAAUUGUUUUGUUUUCUCAUUAGUAUGUCGUGUGAUGAUAUUCUUGAGGUCUCAGUUUCUUUCAAAUUUUGUCUUAUUCACACACAAUUUGUGAAAAGACAAAUUCCUCUGAGACCUUCUAUUGGAAAACAAACCGUACAAGUUAUAAAAAGAGGUCUAUUUUAUGAUUUGUGAUUUGUGAUUUGUCUAUUUUAUGAUUUGUGUUAUAGGUUGGCUAUUCUUCCUGUAAUAUUUUGCCUUGAAGUGUCCACAUUUGUUGGCUGUGGCUCCAUCAUGAUAACUGCUGCCUUGUAUGGUGUCUUAGCUAUUGGCAAAAAGUAAGUGCAAUUAGCAGUUAAAAGAAAGAAAAUGUGAUAAAAAUUAUUUUAUUUUUUAUUUUAAAAUGGCAAUAGUCUCAGGUGUGGGUGCAUUACAGAAAUGGUUAAAUUUAAUGAAAAUUAAAGCUAAGGCUUAAUUGUACAUGUAUCAUUCAGUCAAAAUUGAUUUCAGGCUAGUGUCCUUCUAAGAUGUUUAAUAGUCUUGACUUGUUUAGACAUGAUAACCUCAUACAAAUCCCAAAGAGGCAUUUUUGUAGGGUUUAUAUUCACAAAUAGCAGUGAGAAAGUUCAACUCCAGUGUAAAAUUAAUUGACAUAAAGAGUUGGUGGGAGUUCAUUCUUCUUUGCUGGUUCAUGUGAGUACAUUGAGUUCAAGUUAAGGCUCCCCAGCAAAAAAAACUACAUAACUUCAUUACUGGAUUAUUUUGCAUUUUAGGGGAGCUGAUGCCAACAAGAAUGCUAAUAAUGAGGACAUUGAGAUGAAAACAAACCUAGUUGAUACCAAAGGUGACCCAAAUCAUACUGAACCCUGA